AUGGCGUCGGUGCGCCGCGCGCCGUCGACCGCGACGCCGCGCGCGUCGUCGCGACGCGCGCGGGACGCGCGCUCGACGCCGCGACGCGCGCGCGUCUCGCCGCGCGCGCUCGACGCCGCGCGCGACGUCGUCGUCGUCACCGGCGCGCUCGAACGGCUGGCGCAAACGUCGGCGGUCGAGCUGAAGCGAAACGAAAAGUCGAGCGACGUGCGCGUCGUCGCGGCGCUGCCGCGCGAGGCGUUCGAGGGCGUGCGAAAUCCGCGAGACGUGCGAUCGACGACGCUGGUGUACCCGCACGCGAAGACGCUGGAGAUGCUCGACGAACAAGGGGUGGAGACGGCGGAGCUCGGGGAGACGCUGGGAGGCGAGACGGCGACGCGCGAGCGAACGACGUGCGUGAUAUUCGCGGAGGAGAGCUCGAAGAAGCUCAAGGCGUGCGUGGAGACGUUUUGUGAGGCGAUCGACGGCGGUCGGUUCCCGAGAUUGCGGCGCGUGGUGUUGAUGUCGAGAAUCGGCGUCGAACGGCGAGACGUCGAUCCGUUCAAGUAUAUGAAUCGCAAGACGUUUCGAGGCGGCGCGCCGUUGGACGAUUGCGUCGCGUGCGAGGACAUGAUACGCCGCCGCGCGGCGAAAACGGUGAAACCGGGCGGUGUCGCGGAUGGAUGGACGUUCACCAUCGUGCGCACGGGAGAAUUGCGAGGAAACGGGCCGACGAGUAAAGUCGUGCAAGCCGACUACGCGUUGACUUUGGUGGACAACGCGUUCGACGUUCGCAUGCAAGACAUCGACAUCGACGAGGGCGAUAAAAUGCCCGGCGGUGAUUUCACCAAACGACUCAGUGCGGCCGUGUUCGCCAACCGCACGCUCACGACGUCGCGAUACGACGUCUUAAACGCCGCGUACUCCAUCGUAUCCACCGGUCCCGCGCCGCGCGAGCGCCGCAAAGGAUAUGACGUCGCCAAGGGCAAAUCGCCGCCGCCCGUGAGCGAUCGCGAGAUCGACGAGGCGUUGGCGCCCGGAGACGAAGACGCAGAGCGCGUCCCAGGCGCGGUGCCCGUGCCUUCGUGA